ACAGAUAAUAGAAUAGAACCCCGGGCGGUUUCCAUAUAAGCAGCUAGUUUCAAACAGUCAGCAAAGGCCAUCGCAGCUACCAUGGGAACGCUAUCAUUGAGCAAUUACGAGGAUGUGAGCAUUGAGACGCCCUGGGGUGAGCUCAGCGGUCGCUGGUACGGCAAUCGCUCGGAGCGUCCCAUUCUGGCCAUUCACGGCUGGAUGGACAAUCUGGGCAGCUUUGAUAGGCUGAUACCCUUGCUGCCGGACUAUCUGGGCGUGCUCUGCAUCGAUCUGGCCGGGCACGGGUGCUCCUCUUCACUGCCGCCUGGCGUGCAUUACAGCGCGGACGAUUGGAUCCUGACCAUUGGACGGGUGAUGAAGGCGUACAAGUGGCAGAAAGUAUCGCUGAUGGGCCACUCGCUUGGCGGCAUACUGAGCUUUAUUUUCACGGCCCUGGGGCCGCACAGGGUGGACCUGCUGAUCACACUGGACGUACUUGUGUCCCCAUUGGAAUCUGCUGAGAGCAUCAAAAUGAUGGCCAACUUCAUGGAAAGGCAUCUCGUGGAGGAGGAGCGUGCUGCCCUGGCUGGGUUGAGGGAACCGUCCACCUACUCACUGUCUCAGCUGCGCCAUAUGCUUAGUAAGGGGAGCAACAAUUCGGUGCCGCCGGAGCUUACUCAUCACUUGAUGUACCGCACUGUGGCCAAGUCCAAGCUGUAUCCAGAUAAGUUCUACUUUACCAGGGAUGGGCGUACUAAGUUCUAUUCCCUCCUGCCGAUGAAUCCAGGGCUGGCAGCCGAGCUGGCACGCUGCAUCAAGGACACGCCCUACCUCGUCAUUAAGGGCUCCAAGUCGUCCUUCAUCGGGCCAGCCUGCGAUGAGUCUAUUUCCAUCCUGAAGAGUCAGAAUCCGCACUUUGAAAUCUACGAACUGCCUGGUGCUCACCAUGUGCAUCUCACCUGUCCAGACCUUUGCGCCAAGCACAUAGUUCCCUUCCUGAGACGCCAUCGGCCGCCCAAGGUGGAGGGCUGGUCGCUGGCUUACGGAGAUGCCGCCCUCAGCGCCCGGGAGCACCGCGAGGCGCAGGAGAGAUUCUUUGCAAGGAGCCAGAAUCGACAGCAUAAGCUGUAAGAGGACGCAAGGGAA